AUGUCGGAAGACCAAAAGCAAUAUGUCACUUACAAUGAGGUCCACAAGCUCUGCAAGAACUCGGCGGAAAAGAUACUCGCGUCCUUCAAACCUGACCUUAUGAUCGCCAUCGGCGGUGGUGGUUAUAUCCCUGCCCGCAUCCUCCGCUCCUUCCUGAAGAAGCCCGGUAACCCUAACAUUCCCAUCCAGGCCAUCGGUCUGUCCCUCUACGAGGACUUGGGCAAGGGUGGCGCCGAAGAGGCCCCCGGUACUGAGGUCAAGCGUUUGCAAUGGCUCGACAUGAGCUCCUCGGAGAUGGCCAACUUGGUUGGUAAGAAUGUUCUUAUCGUUGACGAGGUCGAUGAUACCCGCACAACCCUACAAUACGCCGUGGAGGAGCUCGAGAAGGAUGUCAAGGAAGCCCGGAAGCAGCUCGGUCCCGGGGACGAGAAGAAGAACUUGGAGACUAACUUCUUUGUAUUCGUUCUGCACAACAAGGACAAGGCCAAGAAAGGUACGCUGCCCAAAGAUAUGAUGGAGAACGACCAGCGUUACCACGCCGCGGUCACCACUGGGGAUGUCUGGAUCUGCUACCCUUGGGAGGCUGAGGACAUUGAAGAGCACGAUACUCUGGCCAAGAAAAGCCCUAUCGUUGAUAUUUCGACCAAGAACCCCAGGGUUGUUUAA